ACCCACCAAUUGUUCCUCGAUGCUCAAAGUCAUUGGUGAGGUUCUUGAUUGCAAUACAGCAGUUGUUUGGAUAAAUCAUUAUCUUCGUACCUAGAUGCAACCCGAGCAUUUCACUGUUAGUAUAGACGAAUGGGGUUUAGGGUUUCUCUCUCAUCUCCUCUGAAGUGGCCUUGGGUCGAAAAGGAUGCCCGGUGGCGCUUUGGGGAUUUUACCAUUUCCGGUAAUGUACCUUGGCAAUACCACCAAUGCCACCUCUUACACACUGCAGCUUGCAGGCCGCUAAUGCUCUCUCGCCAUUGCAACGCCAAUGGCCAGGAGAAGCUUUCUGCGUAUGUCAAAACCAAGAGCUGCCUUCUCAUGCACCUCACCAUGGAAGUCCCCCAAUUCUCUAUAGCCAGCCUUGAUCUUAUGCCGUGCCGUGGCUUCGGCACCGGAUCCCAAGACCAGGCGGCAAAAGUACAUGCUUUGUACGCGCCGGUGGAGGCAACGGGCCGGGCGAGCGACGCCGCAAGGGGGCCGAGCCGCAGACUAGCUUCAAGCCCGAUGAUUCGACAGCCCAAUCUCCACGUGAGGGCGUCGAGUGUGUCUCAUGAGGAGCUGCAGGGAGGAGUCAGAGGCAGCCUGAGGAGACAACUUGGUGUGAGGCAUCGAGGACUGACAGGGGCAGAGAGUCAGGUCAUGCUGCCGAUUCACGGACAGGGAGGCUGCCGGCACAGCCUAGAGAGAGUCACGAGCCGCCUGUCUGGUGGAUGAUUCGAGGAGACGCCGAUGAGGAGACGCAGUCGAAAUGCAGUCGAGAUGCAGGCGAAGAGGUACCUGGCAAAGACAGCACAGUGUGUUCAUGCAUUCGCUACUCGCUUCCGCCAGAGUGUCUAGCGGCUUAUGCAAGGUGAAGUGUGCGCGCUUCAUCGCAUGCAUCUUUGGGUUUGGUGAUAAUGCAAGAAAACUGGUGCUAGAAGAUCGAGGCUGCUGGGAUAUUGUGAGUUGUAUCUUGUGAGUUGUAUCGUAUCCCAGUACUCCGUACUCCAUUCUUCGUACACCAAAAUAUUACGAGCCUUCAUGGGCAAGCACGGAAUUCCUUAGACUGGCAGGCAGCACCUUCCCAUCGCCUUUCCCCUCCAACCCCACACGUGAUGU